CCUCACCUACCGCCCCACGCGCGCGCGCGCUCGCGCACCACGCGCCCCGCGCGGCCCGCCCGGAUCGUGGCCUCUCGAGAGCAAGAUAUGGGGAAGCAGAACCACCAAAAGGAGUGAUGAUCAGCUAUCUCAUGAUAAAUCUGGAUGUUAGUUCUCAUGCCUCGGGACAUCCUCUUAGGAACACCACACCAGCUCCUGGGAUCAGAGUUGCAUCUACUUAGUACCCUUCUUUGCCUGAACUACUAAAGCCAGUCUCAGCUAACCACGAAUGGCUACUCAAAGGAAACACUUGGUGAAAGAUUUCAAUCCUUACAUUACCUGCUAUAUCUGUAAAGGGUAUCUGAUCAAGCCAACGACAGUGACGGAAUGCCUCCAUACCUUCUGUAAGACUUGUAUUGUCCAGCACUUUGAAGAUAGCAAUGAUUGUCCAAGGUGUGGCAACCAAGUUCAUGAGACAAAUCCACUAGAAAUGUUAAGGUUGGAUAAUACACUAGAGGAAAUUAUAUUUAAGCUGGUCCCUGGACUACGAGAACAAGAACUUGAGCGCGAAUCUGAAUUUUGGAAGAAAAAUAAGCCUCAAGAAAAUGGACAAGAUGAUACUUCAAAAGUUGACAAACCUAAAGUAGAUGAAGAAGGUGAUGAAAAUCAGGAUGAUAAAGACUAUCACAGAAGUGACCCACAAAUUGCUAUCUGUCUAGAUUGUUUACGAAAUAAUGGGCAAUCAGGGGACAAUGUAGUAAAGGGUUUAAUGAAGAAAUUUAUUCGAUGUUCUACACGUGUAACUGUGGGAACUAUUAAAAAAUUUCUAAGUUUAAAACUAAAACUUCCAAGUUCUUAUGAGUUGGAUGUGCUGUGCAAUGGUGAAAUUAUGGGGAAGGAUCAUACUAUGGAAUUCAUCUACAUGACAAGAUGGCGACUAAGAGGCGAAAACUUUCGGUGUCUGAACUGCUCAGCUUCGCAAGUCUGCUCUCAGGAUGGCCCUUUGUAUCAGUCAUACCCUAUGGUAUUGCAGUAUCGACCAAGAAUUGAUUUCGGUUAGACCAAGGGGCACAAAUCUCUGAGAUGAAUCCUGCACUGUUUACUCGUCGACAGAUUGCACAGUUAAUGGUGUGUGGACUAGAAGGACACAACCAGAUUUUCAGCAUGCAAAUAAGGCCAUUGUCUAUCUCUAAAUUGUCAAUUACAUUUAUGUUGUUUCUAUUAAGAGCAAACCAAGUGCCAUUCUGCUACUGAACCGUCUGCAUAGGGUAUUUGUGCUGUCUCACAGUGUGCAAGUCCUGGCUGAAGUCAGUUAGGUGUGCAGCCAUGAUUCAGCCUUCUGAAUAUUUUGCUUGCCUGUUCCAAGAUUGUUCUAAUGUUUAAUUACACUAGUUAAAAUGGCUCAAUCUUUGUGGUGUUGCAGUUUUCACAUACUUAGUAUUUUAUUAAUUCUUGUUUAAAUAGAGUACUGUACAAGAAACUAAUAAUUAUCUUGAAAUUGUUUUAUAUGGAAAUAUAUUUAGAAAAGUGGUUUUUGAGCCACUAUCCUGUUCUUGGUAAGCUUUUUGUGUAAAAAAAAAAAAAUAGUUAAUUCUUGAGUGUGCAAGUCCGUUUGCAAAGAAUUUCAAUUAUUUAACAUUAGAGCACAUCAUAAUUGUAGACAUUCUAAGCAUCUGUCAGUGUAGUCUACUAAUUGCACAAGGAAGGCAUGUUAGCCCUCCAGAUUGAAAAUGUAUGUGACUUUUUGGAGAACUGAAGUUAGAUUCACAACCAUUCGAAAUGUUGGCAGCUGAUCACCUUUACUUCUAAUAAAAUUAAUGUGUAAGUAAGGUUAAUCUUCUUUCAUAAUGCCUUAUGACAAGCGGGUGCUGCUUCAUGAAACUUCAUUGUAUAGCCCAUUUUAUGUAUGUAUCAUUACAUUGUUGCUGUCAUUUAAUGAGUGCAUUGUUACUCUUUUUAAGUUGGCCUUAGGUAUAUGUUAUUGUGGCAUGCAGAGGGUUAUGAUUUUAAAUAUUAGGAUUUUUAGAGCAUAUAACAUUAGCUAUUUUAUGGAUUUCAAAAGUCUCAAAACAGUUAUAGAUUAAAACUGUUAUCUUUUACAUUUCCAAACCAUAUGCAUAAAAUAGAAUAAAUGCAGUGUAGAAGAUAAACAUGUCAACCAAAAUUAAUGGUUUAAGGGUAUUUUAUUUUAGAUCCUGUAGUAAUCAGGAGGAAGUGGGAGGAUCAUUUUAUACAUGAGUUCAUUAAGGUCAGAGCUGUGAUAAUGUCUUGUGUUUUGCAGUUUUAAGUCUUCCAUUCAUUUUGGGGUUAGUCUGCAAGUCAAAGAAAGUCUUGUUACCUUAAAUUAUAUUAAAAACUUCAUUUAAAAUCCUUUAAAAUUUACAGUUUUCAAAAAAUUUCUUUGGAAAUUAUUAAUUGCUUUGAAACAAAUUAAUCUCUGAAACUUAGGAAAAAUAUUUGUUUUAGAAAUCUAACAUGAGCACAAUCUAUGUGUUACGCACUUAGUUUUUAUACUGUAUAUGUGGUAAAUAAAUGUGCUACAUUUUCCAGCAAAAUGUAUCACAAAUUAAUGCCUUCUGAAUUUCAAAAUGCUUCUCAGAAAUAAAACAUUGUACAACUCUAAGAAACAUACAAAAUACAGCUAAAUCUUGAUACAUUUCACAAUAUGAAGCUGAAACUUCAUAACUAUCUUUUCCUUACAUCUUUUUUCCAAGUCAAAAAGUCUAUUAAAUUUUUCAGUUGUCCUGACUUUUGUGAAAAAGGUUAUGGCAAUACUUUUCUUAACUUCAUUUUGUUGGAUCGUGUUUGUUCUUGGGAGGACUCACAAGCAAAAUCUAAAAGGCAGAUUUUUGUUAACUCUUUGUAAAUGGUUGGAAAAGACCAUUACACUCAACCAAAAACUGAAUUUGGAUCUGGCUAUAGAAAUUAUUUUGCUAUGCUGUGAAACUCAGUUCCCAGACAUCCUUGAGAACUUUCAAAAAUUAUAAAUUUGUCACCUAUAGGUCAGUGAUCAAUAUAGUGUUUUGUAUGUGGAAGUUAACCUUAAUUCAUCAAUUUAAAGUGUAUUUUUAAAAACCACAAAUGAGACUUGGAUGUUUUGGCUCCCCGGCCGAAACUUAUGGCCACAAAUGAAUUUUAUCUACCCAAUCUCUUUAGAUUUGGCUCGUUGCCUGAUCAUAUGAAAUUUCACUAUUUUCCAAGGAAAUAUAUAGGAAGUAAUUAUGGAACUGAGACUAGUUUUAUAUAAAAUUGUUUAUUUACUGUUAAUGUAUUAACAUUUUUAUUGAAAUGCAAUGGAAUAUGUGCCAAAACGUGAAAACCUUAUGUAAAGAAAGGCAUCAAUUGUCAUUUCGGGAAAGGUACACAUUUUUUGAUGAUUCUGAGUAAUAGGUGUUAUCACUACCAGAACCACACACUUCUUCAACCAACUUCUUUUGGUAUAUUCAACUACGACUUUCUAAGUAUGGGACUACUUUCAUGUCUAGUUAUACACUAUAGCCCAGUUAAUUGCCCCCUAAGUCAGGUUGUAGAAUUUGCAAGAAACAAUACAGUACAGUUACAGUACAGUAACUUUUGUGGUUAGCUUUAUAAAUUUAGGGUGCUUAUAAAACUAUAUAAAUAACCUAUAGGAAUAAUCAUCUGAAUUCAUAAAAGCAGAGAAUAAAAAAACUAAAUGUUUUUCUUUAAUCUGUUGUUUCUUAAGCAAUAAACUGAAAGAACUUUAUUUCCA